CAGUGCGAGGAAAAAAAGUAGCUGUAGCACAAUGAUCGCAAAACUGGUUGCAAUGAUUGUUCUCAGUGUGGCACCUCUUAUUCAUACUCUUGAGGCUUCCCACCAGAUCUCCUUAACUCUGGUAGAUGUCGGUGAUAAUGUUACAUUUGACUGCAAUAUUUCUGAUAAAGACUUUAAAUUUGUUUACUGGUACAAACAGUCUCUUGGAUAUAUGGUUGAAUCAGUGGCUAGUGUAGUUGUUGGUCAACCAAAACUAAGUGAAAAAUUUAAAGGCUCUCGCUUUGCAUUGAGAGCGGAGGACUCUCGUUAUACUCUCACAAUCUCUGAUGUCAGGAAAGAGGAUGAAGCAACAUAUUUAUGCCAAACUGGAACAACACAUUCACAGGAGUUCAUCUAUGCCACAUUCUUAGCUGUGACAGAUCAUAAACAUCAGAAGUCUCUCUACUUGGAACAACAUCCAGAUACUGAAUUAGUUCAGCAGGAAGAGACUGUAAUUCUACAGUGUUCACUUCUCUCCAAAAACAAAGGAAAAGUCAGUUGCCGAACUAAACCCAGUGUGUUCUGGUUCAGAGCUGAAUCACAACAAUUCCAUCCAGGCAUCAUUUACACUCAGAGGAACAUCAGCGGUGAAGAUUUGGAAAGAAGCUGUUCCUACAGUUUAUAUGUCCGAGACUCAUCUGAUGCUGAAAUUUACUACAGCGCUGUGGUCACAUGUGGAUCCAUCCUGUUUGAUGAAAGAACCAAUGUGAAGGAAGAUAUAGGACAAGAAGUUAAUGGCCUUGUCAUUGCACUUGGUGGACUGCUGACCUGCUGUGUUAUUGUUGUCAUCCUGCUAAUUUGCUACAUUAAACUGCAAAAAAAAUAUGAACAAAGCAAAGGUCAAAUUGGUGGUUGCAGUCUAGAAGAGGAUGACAAACCAGCAGCUGUUCAGUCUAGAAACUGGGACGAUGAGGCAAAUUAUGCAUCAGUGCAAACCAGGACUAGGAGGGCUAAUGAGAAGAGAGAGCUGCCGCAAGAAUGUGUUUAUUCUGAUGUCAGAUCACAUGAUCACCAAAAUCACCUUUCUUCAUUCUAAGUAUCACAUCACUUUAAUGUCUUGGUGAGAAAAUGUUCACAAGAUAAAUGUCACAGACAAAUCAUGA